GUACACAACUGUCAAGACGAGAGUACGCAAGCGAUUACGCGCGCCGCUACUAUCCUGCAUGCGGCGGCGGUGUCAGAGGCCGGGGCGAUCGCGACGCGCACGCCACUACCGCGACAGAGAUCGGAUCGGGGGCUCCCGCGGUGGCGCGGCCGUGGUUGACAGAGUUUUUGACGUUCUACAUUUUACAACGUGCUGGCUCUCAUCGUCGCUCUGUUCUUCUCGACUCAUUUCGCUCUGGUUCUUUCUUGACUGUUAGCUACCGGCACCUUCACUUUGAUGCCCGCGAACCAAGCUUCCGACUUGGUGCUGUCGAAUGAAGUCGUCCGCACCUUAGCUAGCGAAGUGCAGAGGCUUCGGGGCAAGGUCGCCGAAUUAGAAUGGGAAAGGCACGGCUUGAACGCCAACACACAUGGUGCUGAAGCUCGAAGCCAUGGAGUUCAACAGCAAUUUGACGACAUGAAAAUGCUCUUCGAUGCAAGGAUCGCAGCCUUUGCGGAGGAAAACUCCUGUCUUCGGCAGGACUUGGAAGCUACGCAGAAGAAACUACAGGCUGCGGAAACCAGCAGGAAGGACCUGCGGUCAAAUUAUGCGAAAGUCAAACUAGACCUCAGCGAGAGAUCAAGUCAAAUGAUGGCUCAACGACUCGAACACGGAUCUGUCGUAGACAAGUUGAAAGAGCGAGUCUCCGAGUUGACAGAAGAACUAGCACGCAAGCAAGUGAGAGUAAAACCUGAGCUCGACCAAGAUCCGGUGAGGAUUCCCGCUGCGAGAGCUAGAACCACGAGUGCACAGCAAUCCGCCAUAGCAAACUUAGGUGUUUCGUUGAGCAGUCUUUCUGGUGCCAUAUUCACGAGACAACCUGCGGAGCCCAAGAAGGAACAGGAUGAGUUGAUGCUGCACACGCUUAGUGAAUCCGACUUAGUCACUGGUGGGCUUACCGCCACCCAGAGUCCGGCUUCCGAGUCGGGGUCAACUUCGUUUGCUGAGGGGUCUGCUAGGGACCGUUGUCCUAUGUUUGGCACCACACGGCGCGCGCCGCAGAUAUCGCAGGUGUUUGGAAAUUACAGCCUCAGACCCCGGGCCCCCGUGCGACUUGCGGACACACUGGCAGCUUCAAACACGUGUGGAUGUAGUGUUAGUCGAGUGUCUUCAAAUCGCCUCGCACACAAGCGUGCAUCAGACGAUCACCAGAGCGGCAGUCGCAAGAAGCUGAUGCUCCCAAAACCGUCCACGAUGUGGCUCCAUAGCAGUUGAGCGUCAACUGUCAGAUGGUGUAGGCGUGGCCGAAGUACUCUGUGGACGAUGUUCUCUACUCUGCCCAUACACUUCCUAUCCCCUCGUCGCUAUGAUCCUGCUAUACGCCCCUCCCGGGCCAAUGUUUUCGAAGUGUUCCAAUCCUCGAUGUUUCACGCGAAA